AUGAGUGACGAAAAUCAUGACCCAUCUUCAAGUCCACUACCAGAAAAACUACGUCCAAAACCUGUUGAUGCCAAAUCGGCAGCUGCCUCAUCAUUAAUAUCAUCAUCAGAUAGUCCAAAAUCAGCAACGAUAAACAAUGUUUCACAACGAUUACCUUCAACUUCAGUUGAAGUAUCUGUUGGCGAUAUUUUAUCAACAGACGAUAAACGUGCAUCGGUUAGUGUUCUUAAACAUCAGCCACGUUAUUCAUCAUCAUCGGGUUCAUCAUCGGAAUUCGGCGAUAUGGAUGAAAGUACAUUUACGGUGACACAUAAAAUGGAUCUUGGCGAAGCAACACGUGAAUUAACACGUUUAUUACAUAUUGGCAAUGAUAGUUCAUCGAGUGAAAUACAUUUAAAUCCUGAUGCACCAGAUUUUACACCUAUUGAAUUCUCUCCUACCUAUCGUUCUGAAUUAGCUCCGGGACAUUUAAAUCGACGUUCGACACAACUGGACCAUCAUCAUUAUCGUCAUUUACGUUCACGUUAUUAUUCGGAAUCAUUUCCUUCAAUACCAACUGGUACCUCGACAAUACGACCGUUACUUUCACUUAUGCCACAACAAUUUCCAUAUAAUCGAUCUUCAUGGAAUUCGACAAAUCAAUCACCAUCAGCAUCUAAUUCUUGGUGGCAAAACGAAUAUAAUAAUUCGCCAAGUUCAGCAUCAUCUUAUCAUUCCAGAUCGGCCUAUUCACCUUUAAUGCCACCAUUAACAGAUGACACUGUUUUUCCUCAUAGACAUCCGUCGAAACGACAACGAGUACAUUCAAGUCGAACUUUUGUUUUUCCAAAUCAAAUGAACGACCAUAGACAACGUUCACAUUCCGGUCCUGAAACACCUUUACAAGUACCACCGUCACAUCUCACUGGUAUUCAUUCAUUAACAAAAAUAAUGAUUGAUAUUUUACGAACGAUUGAUCCCAUACCAAUACCAGAAGAACAACAACAAAAACGAGAAUCAACAGCAAAUGCAUCUUCUCAACAAGAGACAAAUCGACGACAAUCAAGUUCUUCUUAUCAACGACAUCCACACCAACACCAACAACAACAACAGAAUCGAAAUGAAUCUGUUGAAUCAGAAGAUGUCUUUGCUAAUGAUGAAAUACCAACAAUAACUGCAUCGCUCAACAAAAAAUCAGAUGUAUCCAAUGAGCAAAAAGCUUCUCCAUCGAAAAUUACAAAUGAUAAUGAACAGAAACUAAUAUCACCAAUAACCGCAAAUGACAUUGACGUGAAUGAUGCUUCGAAAAAUUCUGCAGUUGAUGAAUCAUAUUAUGAAGCUGUUACAAAUCAAGAGCCAUCCACGCCUACGAUCGUGUCGAGUUUAUCAACUGCUGCUCCCACGACUGACUAA